GGACAAUUUUUCAGUUAUAAAUUCUAUCGUUUACAAAUAUCUAUCAUCAGUAGUGACAGAACUUCUAAAAAAAUGAUGAUUUCAUCUAUGAUAACAAUUACAAUUGUAAGUACGAUAGCAUUGCUAUCACCUAUUGAAGCCAAUAACGAUCGUACGUCCACUGAAAGUCAAGCGAAAAAUGAUAAGCUAGAACUAACAAUACUGAGAAAUCUGAACACAAGUGUUAAUCCAUGUGAAAAUUUUUACCAAUUUUCUUGUGGUAACUUUAAUAACGCUUCUGCUAAUACUCAGUACAGUGACCAUAAUGACUUUUUCAAGCCAAUGAGAGACCGAGAAAAUAAAAUAAAACAAAUGUUACUAAAUGAUGAUUAUUUAUAUUCGUUAGAGCCGUUCAAUCGUUUAAAAAAGUUUAUCAACUCUUGUAAGCGAUUGGAAGUUAAUAUUGAUGCUAAGAUCGAUUCAGCGGACGUAAACAGAAACAGAAGUUUAAAUUUUAUGACAGAAGUUAUUACUAAGUUAGGCGGAUGGCCUAUACUCGAAGGUGACAAAUGGAAUGAUACGAAAUUCAACUGGCUUGAGUUUACUGAAAUUUCACGGAUUAUCGGUACUGAGGGAUAUUUUUUUCUUAAACCGUCAGUUCAAAUGUUUAAUCACACCGCUAUGUUGUCAAUAAGUCCUCCAGGGUUAGAGUUUUCAAAUAAACAUUUAGUUGAAAACCAAAAAUCAGAAAAAGUGAGAGCUUAUUUCAAUUACAUGCUAAACGUCGCUGAAUUUUUGAGAAUUGAUUCAAAUAUUUCAAACAUUGACAUCACAGAUGCAUUGGCGUUUGAAUUAGAUCUAAUCUUUGGGACCAGUGGAAAUACCGAAUCAUCAAUUACCGAAAUGACAAUCAAAGAAAUGAACGAAGAGUGGCCAAAUAUCGAUUGGAUUAAAUUGUUUCGAUCAUUCCUAGGCUCAGAAUAUUCAAUCAAGGAAGAUUGGAAAAUAUUAGUCCAAAAUUCUAACUACAUAAAAAAUUUUAAUCAAUUGAUUCAAUUGACAAGCAAAAGAGUACAAGCUAACUACGCAGUAUGGAAGACUAUCAAACGUUUAAUUUCAUUCACCGAAUCUUCAAGAUUAUUCAGUUUGCAGGAAUCCUAUUACAGAAUAAGAUCUCCGUCACAAACAAUAAGCGGUUAUGAUUGCAUCAACUUCCUGGUUAAUUUAUUACCCGAGUUGGCGCUGUCUUAUUACGAACGACAUUAUCCAAUUGAUGCUCGUUUUCUAAGUAAUAUUGAGAAUAUUAUUAUUGAUAUAAAAAAAAAUUUUGCCGUCGUCUUGAAUAAUCACGAAUGGUUAGAUGAAACGACCAAAAAUAAGUUGGUGUUGAAUUUAGAUUCUACCAAGUUUGUUUUGGGUUUGACCGAGACGAUGCGCAAUAAUGAAAGAUUGAGUGCAUACUUUGAUAAUCUUGUAAUUGACGAAUUUAUUUUUUUAAAAAAUUUGCUGGCGAUAAAUGCUUUUAACCACCAAAAACUUAUAGAUCAUGUUUUUACUUCAAAAAACAUGAUUGAUCCAACAAGCGUUUUCAGAAGGAUAAACCCAUUUAAAUAUAUCAAUAAUGCGUUCUAUGAUGACAUCACUCAUACAGUUUUUAUAGAUAGUGAAGCAAUGAGGAACUUGUUUUUUGACAUCGAUCGUCCAAAUUUUACGAAGUAUAGCAUAAUAGGAUUUACUAUUAGUCACGAGUUAGCUCAUACUAUUGAAAAUAUCCACGACGUUUUCGAUAAGGAAGGAAAUAUUGUAAAUGGGUGGAGCUUGCGUUCUAAUAAUAACUAUAAACACGUAAAACGGUGUCUAAUUGACCAACAUCUCAAUAAUACUAAGAACUCUAAGGAGGAUAUGGUUUUAUCAUACCUUCAAGAAAAUAUUGCAGAUAAUAUUGGCUUAACAAUAGCUUACUUAGCUUAUAAAAAUUGGGUACAAAAAUACGGAGAUAGCUCAACAUACUCCAAAUUGAAUUACACUCAAAAUCAGUUAUUUUGGUUGUCGCUCGCAAACAAAUGGUGCGUACCAGAAGAAAUAGACGGCUAUGCAUAUUUAAAAACCAACCAUACGUCGUUAGAUUUCCGUCUUUUAGGAUUACUUUCAAACAACGAUUACUUCGCGAAGGAUUUUAAUUGUCCGUUAGGAUCUCCGAUGAAUCCUGAAGAGAAGUGUCAUUUUUUUUUAUAA